AUGAGCGCGGCUGUUGGACCCUAUGCUGUGAACUCUGGUCUCGUCGACGUAUCCCAGGGAGCCAAGGAGGCAACAGUACGCGUGUUCAAUACCAACACUAAAAAGGUCAUUGAAUCCACCUUUCCCCUCGAUGGCAAAGAAGCUGCGGACCAUGGUCAUUUUCCCAUCGAUGGUGUGGCAGGGACGGCGGCGAGGGUGCAGCUCAAGUUCCUCAACCCAGCCGGAUCUCGCACUGGAACACUUUUCCCAACCGGCUCCAAAGUCGAUCGAAUCGAAGGAUUGAGUGUUACUUGUAUCGAUGCCGGCAACCCCUGCUGCUUCGUCAGUUCGGAUGAGCUGGGCGUCGACGGCGCCAUCAGCCCACAGGAAAUCGAGAAUCAUCCUACUUUGGGACAGACGCUCGACAAGAUUCGCCGCGUUGCCGGAUUGAAAAUGGGCCUUGCAGAUUCGGAGGAGAACAUUCCAGGAAGCGUACCCAAGAUUGCUAUAGUGUCAGCGCCAGACGACUCAAAGGAUAACACGCUGGUGGCGCGAGCAAUGUCAGUGGGUCAACCACACAAGGCCAUACCUGUCACUGUCGCGUUGGCGGCAGCGGCAGCGGCUACUGCAAGUGGCACGAUCGUCUCCGAGUGUGUGAAGAUGGGGUCUGAUACUAAUGGCGACAUUACAAUUCGCCAUGCUAGCGGAACCUUGGAUGUUGCCGCAGACUACGAUAGCGAAGGUGCGCUUCAGUCUGCCACCGUUUACAGAACUGCUCGCAGACUUAUGGAAGGAAAGGUUUUCUGGAAAUAA